AUGCUUCUGUUGGUCGUGCUGAAUACGCUGGUCAUACGCAAGUUGCAUCGAUUGGGUAUGAUCCGAUUCCAAUCGACUAACAAUUUAAACUCCUGUUUGGACAGUCUGACCGAUGUGUCCGAACGCGUUGGGCACGUCACACACACGGUAAUUAGUGUGCAAAUGAAAAUUUUUCUCAACGCAAUCAUACUGAUGAUCGAGAUCACCGCACUGGAAGCGGUCGCGAUCACUUUGUUUGUAUUGGACUUCUACGGUACGGUGAAUUUCAGCGAAAAUUCUCUGGCUCGUCUCUACUACUACGUGCUGGUUUGCUUAUGUGACAGUUUUAAUCCGUGCGUGGAAGUGGCGACCAUUCGGUGUUUGAGACAGACCAUGCUCAGGCAUUUACACCUCUGCACGUCCGUGUGCUCGGGGAGAAUGAAAACGCGGCACCCCUCGUUGUCCAGCUCAUGCCAAGCAGAAUAA